AUGCGCUGCAUGAAGACAAGGACUGGCAUUCAUUCUUCGUGUACUUUGCUAGCACUUUCAUUGUUUUUAGUUCUUGCAUAUCUUCCAUUCCUCGUGAAUGGCGAGGGUGGGGCGACAUUGAGCAAGCCACGUGCUGCACUGCCACUGCUUUUGACGAAGUUGACGAAUUCUUCGUUGAACAUUUCAUUGUUCUAUGAUUUUGAGGAUUUGAAUUUGGUGGAAUCAUGUCUUCCAAAGGUUGACAGCUUCCAGAAUGAUCACGGCAUCGAUGAUUUAGAGGGGCAGAAAGACAAGGUAAAGGGGGAAGACAAUCCGAAAGAAAUAGAGGAAAUCAUGCACUCAGAUCAGAUGACUACUACGCAGAAUGAGACUCAGGAUGAGAAGCACCCUUUACUUUUGAGUUAUGAAGAAAUCAAUGGAGUUGAGUCCGAGGCGAAUCACUCAGAGAAUUCUCCAAGGGAUAGUGCAGAGGCAGUGAACCAAGAACCUCAGGUGCCAGAAGCUGCAAAAAAACAGGAGGAGCAUGAUGAAAAGAAAUCCCUCCAUAAACCAACAGAGAUGGAAAACGAUGAUCAUCUUGAAGUCGGGUCUGAAGAUGCCAAAAAGCAACAAGGGAAAGUUGAAAUUCUCGGGGUGGAAACAGCGGCUUCCAAUGACAGUCAUAUAGAAAUGGAACCUCAAGAGCAAGAUCAACUCAGUUUUAAUGGCUUCUCUUUGCAAAAUGCUUCACAGGAAAAUGUAACGGAGAAUGCAUCACAAUUAGAGAAUAGGGACCAGCACAUAGGGGAGUCUUAUGAAGACUUAGUGUAUUCAGAAAACAUUGUUUUGAGUGCUAUCGAUAAAAUUUCUGUAUGUUUAAGUGAACUAAAGCGGGAAAUGAAAAGUUUUUCAGGGGACUCAUCAUGGCAAAGAUCUCAGCUGGUUGAAGCGAAAGCAGUGCAAGAUCUUCUUCAUUUACUAGAUCUCGUUAAGGAGGUUGGGGAACAGGUAAGCACCCUUCAGCUGAAUCUUGAGGCUGUGAUAAAACCCAAUGUAGGGCACAAGGCCAGCGAUGUGAAUUCAUCUUCGUUGACUGGGGAAGUUGCCGUGGCACCCACUGAUACGGAGGACUUUCUAGCCAAAAUACACACCAAGAAAGCAGAAAGCAACAUGCCUAGCAGGAGACUUGACGAUGCAUCGGUGUCCCCGAAGGUCGAAUCUAACAAUGAAAAAAACCUUUGUAAUACUUUUCCAGAUUCAGUUCAUAGGCGUUCUAUUCGUUAUUAUCUAUCAAUCAAUCAGCGUGCUGUGGUGGAGGAACUGGAAGCGGUUGGAAAAAAAUCAGGGGUUCAAAUAGACCUUUGUGAGCCAAACUCUUUUUUUAUCAGCAUAAACAGUGUCAGAACGGCCUGCCUUUUCGUUGGAUUUUAUGUUUUAGCAGCAGUGCUGGGUAUAAUGAGAAUCAAUGGAGUCCGAUGGAGACGGAAAUCCAUACACCGAGCAGAGGGUGUUAAGACCUCUACUUUUAGUAGUAGUAAACCCGUUCAUGAGGAGCCAUUCUCCAGUUUCAAAGUGAAUUCCGAGAAUCUAUUGCCUGCCCUUGCCAAGCCACCCAGGGAUGCAAUUAUCGAAUCACCAAAGAUGGAGUCCGCCUCCCGACCUCCGACCAACCUCCCUGAUCGGACCGAGCCUCCGCGUCCAGCGAUGCCCCCUCCGCCAUCCCUGUUGUCUGAACCCCGACCGAGAGGGGUCCCCCCGCCCCCCAUCCCACCUGUGGGGGUGGCCUCCAAGGGGUUCACCAGCCCCCCCCCCUGGACCUCCUCCACUCCCCCACCGUCGUCCCAGCCCACGAGGACGGGCCUGCCAUGUCCCCCAAUAGACCGUUCAGGGGAGUUCGCCCUGCCACAGGGAAGAGAGCCGGGACAGGAGUGGCGUCCGCCCGUGGCACACGGUGGGACCGCAGUGGGCCCGACACCGGCACCGCCUGGGCCACGGCUCGGGGAAGCUAGACAGGCCCCACCCGGGGUUCCACGGAACCCGAAUGGAGCCCCACAGCGGCAGCCCACGCUGACCCCCCUGGCUCCUCCAGCGCCUUCCCGCGGUGGAGGUGGUGAGGAGGAGGAGGACGAUGACAUUUGCGAGCUGCGAAAUCCUUUCCUGUCUCGUUGGUCAUAG